AGGCAUAGCCCCCUUCCCCGUAGCUCCUGACUGCUCCCUUUGGUCUCUUCCCCUAAAACUUUCCCAGCUGUCCUGGAGACACCCACAAAUGAAACGCACAAUGGUGUACCCACAUGUCCCCGGAACCUGUGACAUCACACAGACGCCCGGGAUCGGAGGCUGCCUCCCCUUCCCCAAACCAACAGAGAGCUGUGGGGUCUUCUUUUUCUUCUCCGCAGAGCUGCUUACCCAGAGAAACACGAUGCUCCAAGACCGUUCACCCCCUGCUUCCUGCUUUAGAGGCCCAAGGCCCACACCAUACCCCCUCCUCCAGUUUCAGGCCCUUUCUAGCUCCCGAGAGUUCUCAGCAACACCGCCCGCCCUCGCUACUGUCCCAUGAGGUCCCAGACCCCAGCCUGGCAUUCGGCCGGCCCUGGGGCCUCCGGGGCCAUGGCUGCCCUAAUGCCCCAGCUCCUUUCUCUCUCACAGGCUGGCAGUCAUCCCUACUUCAACCUGCCCGACUUCACCCAGCCAUCGCCGCCCUCCACUCCGCCCAGCCUCCCCUCGCACCAGCGCUGCCGGCCCUCCGAUGCCACCAAGGGCCUGCUCGUGGCCCUGCUGGGUGGGGGCCUGCCUGCUGGCUUUGUGGGCCCCUUCUCCCGUAUGGCGUACCAGGCUUCCCACUUACCCUCGCUGGAGCUGCUUAUCUGUCGGUGUCUCUUCCACCUCCCCAUUGCCCUACUACUGAAACUGCGUGGCGACCCACUGCUGGGACCUCCCGAGGUCCGGGGCCGGGCCUGCCUCCACGCCCUGCUCAACGUCCUCAGCAUUGGAUGCGCCUACAGCGCGGUUCAGGUGGUGCCUGCUGGCAACGCAGCCACGGUCCGCAAGGGUUCUUCCACCGUCUGCUCUGCCCUCCUCGCCCUCUGCCUCGAGAGCCAGGGUCUCAGCGGCUACGACUGGUGUGGUCUGUUGGGCAGCACCCUGGGACUAAUCAUCAUUGUGGGACCUGGACUAGGGACACUGCAGGAGGGGACGACGGGCCUCUACACCGCCCUGGGCUACGUGCUCGCGUUCCUGGGCGGCCUGGCAUUGUCGCUGGGGCUUCUGGUCUAUCGCUCCCUGGACUUCCCCUCUUGCCUACCAACAGUGGCCUUCCUGUUUGGCUUGGUGGGGCUGGUGGGCUCCGUGCCAGGCCUCUUUGUACUGCAGACCCCUGUGCUGCCCAAUGAUCCUCUGAGUUGGAGCUGUGUGGGGGCCGUGGGGAUCCUCGCCCUGGUCUCCUUUGUGUGUGUGAGCUAUGCAGUCACGAAGGCCCAUCCCGCCCUGGUGUGCGCCGUCCUGCACUCUGAGGUGGUGGUGGCCCUGGUGCUGCAGUAUUCCGUGCUCUAUGAGACCGUGGCGCCUUCCGACAUCAUGGGAGCAGGGGUGGUGCUGGGCAGCAUUGCCAUCAUCACUGCCCAGAACCUCAGCUGUGAGAGGGAAGGGCAGGUGGAGGAGUGAGAUCGAACUUGAGAGCCUGGGGGUUGGGGGGGGCAGGGGGAAAUAGAAGGAGAGACUGGAAUACAAACAUGGGAGAAGUGACCGGAAAAGAGCUGGUAUGGGAGAGGGACACCCCUGGGAGUCAGGGGUGGAGAGGGGACUCUACCUGGAAGACCUGAAACAAGCCAUGGAGACCAAGAGAUGAGGAGUCUAGGUUGGGGCUUAGGGAUCAGGGCAUAACUACAGGGUAAGUAAGGUCUGAGGAGCAAACCAAAGGGGCUGAGAGGCAGGCGGCCGUGAGCCACGGGGAGGAUUUUUCCCUCAGCAGCAGAGAGAAGAGCACUGGGGCUGGAGUGUUGGGGGGCUUUCAGGCAAACGGACAGAACGAGCAGCUGGGGUAAGGGAGCGUGCCUUUUUUCCCCUGAGAGACAGUUUCCUUUCCUCAUGAUUAUGCCCUUCCCCCCCCCCGCCGGGUGGUGACGUGACAUUGACAUCAAACAAGGAUCACUCUGAAUGUGGCUGUGCACUUGGUGUCAUCUCUGCUUUGGAAGGAGAGUGAAAGUCCUAGUCCGCUCUCAUUGGAGAAUCCCUUGGGAUCCCUGCCCCCUCCCC